AAAAACAUUAUAUCGACAUAAAAUAUAUAUUUUAGCUUGUUUAUUAGAUACUGCAAUUUUUUAGAAAUAUUUUAAUGAUAAUUUCUUGUUCAAUAUUCACAAAUUUUCCUCUUUCAUCUGAACACAUGAGGCGCCAAUGGUAUUGUUCUGUAAACCUCGUGGAGACUUCUUCCUUGAAUUCACGUUCACGCCAUAUUGUAUUGUUGUGUAGGUUGCAGUAAGUUUGUUCGUUCUCAAGUCCAAGAUUCCGAUUUCUCCGCAGUUUGGAGAUUUCGAUAAGAAUGGAGAACGCUUACGGUAUCGGUGUUACCAAUCGUUAUCAAUUAUUUUUAGAUACUGAGGAUGAUCCUUUAGAAGAGUUAAAAAGACAAGAGCAGGAAAAGGAAGCGAAGAAGAAGACUAAACUCUCCGAAAAAGAAAACAAGGGCAAACCUGAAGUCAAAGGGAAGUUGCCUCCUGUUCAGCGUAAAACUAUUAAGGAAACCCAGAAUUUGAAAUCACCGGACGUUGUCAAAAAUAAAGAAGACUUCAACAAAAACAAACCCCGCCCCACUGGAGAUCGGCCGAGCAAAUUUAAUAACGAGAAUCGUGAAGAGAGGAACAACCGGAAAAAUCGCGAAGAAAAAACUGGAGAUUACCAAAGGCCUGUUUUCAGAGAAGAUCGAGGAGGUGAGAAUCGAUUUGAGAGACGAGACCGGGAAUUUAGGACUGAUAACAAGGAAUUCAGAGGAGAUGGAGGCGGCGAGGGCAGAGGACGGGGUGGCAGAGGAGGACGUGGCGGAAUGAACCGAGGAGGACGAGGAGGAGAUAGAGGCGAGCGAGGAGGAGAGAGAGGUGAGAGGGGACCGCCGAGGAGUGGAAGAGGCGGAUACGAUGGAAGAGGAAAACGCGAAUUCGAUAGACAAUCUGGAUCCGAUAAAACUGGCAUUAAACCUGUGAACAAGCGCGAAGGUGGCGGGGCUCACAAUUGGGGAUCGCACCGUGAUGAAUUUGAAGAGGUGUCUCACCAUCAAACUCAAAAUAACGCCGAUGAAUCUGGAGAAUGGUCGAACGAGAAACCUGAUGAUUACUCCGCGGAAACCGGUGAUAACAAGGAAAGUAGUGAUACCCCACGUGGCGAAAACGACGAUACUGCUCAUAUCGAAGAAGAACAACGUGAAAUGACCCUUGAUGAGUACAAAGCACUUAAAGGAAACCGACAGAAACCGAUCUACAAUCUACGAAAGGCUGGAGAAGGCGAGGACCCGACUCAGUGGAAGAAAAUGUACACAUUGACCAAGAAGAAGGAAGGCGAAGAGGAAGAGGAAGAGGAGGAGUAUGAUAGCUCUGAUUACCCACAACGUGCCGGACGCCAGAAGCAAGUGCUGGAUAUAGCUUACGUGUUCAAGGAUAGGCCUGGCCGCGGGGGCGGUGGAGGCCGAGGAAGAGGGGGCCGUGGCAUGAGGGGGGGCGGAGGUGCCCCUCACUCGGUGCCCCCUGCCACUAACGCUGAUGGCGUGUCUCGUCCUCCCGGCGGUGGACAAAUGCGUGAUCGUGACGGAUCUCGCAACUCACGACAGAUUGCUCCCAAGGUGGAUGAUGAAAAGGACUUCCCGCAACUUGGCUAGAUGUCUCGAAAAAGUCCAAACCAACUGAUAAUUUUUGGUAUUAUCACUUGGCAUUAUUUUUCUAGAAAGUUGAUGUGAUUGAAACGAAAAGGAUAAGCAUUGCAAUUUGCUAAAUUGAUCGUGUCAAGUGGUAUUUAAAAUUAAUUAUUAUCAGGUUAGCAUUUUGCUAUAAUUAUUAUCUACCAUUAAUACCGAUCGAUUCUAAACUAUUCGAUCUAUAAUAUUUCAGGUUUCCUAAACCCGCUUUUACCGUUUUAAGAUGGUAAAUAGUUAUUUCGUAAUGUUAUUGUUAUUUACCAAAAUGUUGAAUCUUAUCCCUAAGUUGAUUUUGUUCUGAGUUAAUUCCAAUCAAAUAAUGAUUUGUGAUUGAGAAUUUUUAUUUUAACAAUUGUUUUUAGAAUAAUUAAAAGCCUUUGUACUUGAGAUUUUUUAAAAGUAGGUUUAUAUGGUUUGAUAUGAAUUGAGAAAGGUGUUCGAAUUUCACAGUUCAUAUUACAAAUUUUUAUCCACAAAGAUAUUAUUGCAAAGCUGAUAUCUUACGUUAAAUUACUACUUAUGAAAAUGAUUAUUUCAAUGGUAUGAUCGUCAUACUGUUAUUAUGCGCUAAACUCCCGAUUAUCCCUUGAUAAAUAUUUUAGAGAUACAAAUAUUACAUAAUUUAUAAUAGAUAUGUAUUGACUAUUUGUAGUUGAAAAAAAAUAUAUCACUCAUGGAUUGUAAUUGUUUUGAAUCUUAGAGGAUAACAGAUUAUUGAGAGUAUUAAUUAUUUACAAUCAGCAGAAUCAGUUGAAAUGAGUUUUUAUAGUAAGACAUAAAUUCAUUGCCUAUGAAUUGGAAGUUAAUGAUUGUCGUAGGAUAGAAAAUUAAUGAAAUCCAUUAUAAUUAAUUCAGUGCUAUCUGCAGAUUCAGAUCUACUAGUUUUAUUUUGUAAUGUAUAGUUGCACAACGUUCCAAGAUGUGUUGUGGAUAAUCGGGGUUUUACUGUAUAUUGAUUAUGUUCUAUUUUGCUGCUGCUCUACAUAAUGUAAAGCAAUGUGUAAGCUGUUCUUGCGGUAUGAACUGUACCUUCCUCAUUUUCUCUAACGUUUUUAUUUUGUUGUUGUUCAAGUAACAUUAGGAUGAUGUCUCUAUUUUUGUGUCCUAUUAUGUUUUUGGUUGCUAAGUUGAAUUGAUGGAAUGGUGGAGGUUGGAUGCAUGUGAAUAAAAGUAAUUUCAUCAAUUCCUUCAGUUGUUGAGGAAUGAACUCAUUUAAAUCAACAGUAAUUGAACAAAAUUACAGAUCCAACGAACUGAUGUGUAAUCUAGUAAGGAAGAAUUGAGCUUAGCUAUUUCAUUUUGUAUAUCAAUAGCCAAUGGAAUUGUGUCAUUUCGGAAAUUGUUGAGCGAUUAUCCUAAUUUUUACAAUUAAUAAUUUCAUUACCAUUGUAGUUAUUGUUUUGGUAGUGAAGAUAAAAUCUCAUACUGAUUAAAAUUGUUAAAUUCAACUACUAAUGGUAGAUCCAUUCAAAAUAUGUUCCUAGCUCUCGUUUUCCUUUCAAUUAUUUCAUUGAUGUCAAUUUUCAAGAAAUAAAUUCUUUUCAAUGCUACUUUGUCGAUAAAGUAUCAGUUAUUUUAGUAAUCCCUAUUAUUGUACCCUAAUUCUCUGGAUCGAAAUUUAUUCUAUUUAUUUUAUGUAUUUGCGACUCGUUUAGAGUGAUUGUUUUUGAUUAUGUAUAUUUAACAGGAUUAGAAACUAAAUAGGAUUUCCUCAAAAUUCAAUGGCUACUCCAUCUAUUGGUAAACUUAUUUUGAAUGGAUAUUCAAGAUAUGAUCCAUUAUGAAGUAGGCCAUUGUGAUGAGCCUAUGUAUCUGCUAAACCGUUGAGUAUUUUCUAAACAAAAACUAUCAACAACCUUAAUUGAAGGUUAUCAAUAUUUCUUUUUAUGAGGAUGAUGUCUAUAACUUGAGCCAAGGCUUGUGCGAGCCUCCAAUCAUCAGAGUACCCAUAGACAAGCUAUUGAGUGAAAUUUUAAAAAGUCGAAAUUUAGGGUUUUUCAUGUAAAAUGCUCUCCUGAAUCUGUUUCUUAUGUUAAACACUUUCAUUAUUGACGUGCACUUAUGCUUUUUAAGUUUACCUGUAUUGACAAUAAAUAGUUCAAAAUUCCAUUUCAUCGUUCGUAAUUACUACAUUAUUUCGCGAAACCUGUUUUGUUGAAAACAGGGUAAUUUAAUAUAAUUAAGUUAUGGAUGUUGAGUUUUUGGAAUCUAGAAAUAGAGUUUAAUAAAUUGUGAGAAUAACCCUAACUAAAAAUUUAUUCAGUCUUUAAUAUUAUCUGUAUUAUGCAGCUGUACUGAAUGUACACUUCAAUUGAAUGAUAUUUGUAUAACCUAUAAUAUUAUAAUGAAUAAAUAUACUGGAUUCAAAUAUACUGGAUUUAUUACUUUGCUGAGCCAGUCUUCAGUAACUAGUUUUGAGUCUGGCAUUUUUUGCUGAUGUAAAUAUACAUUUAGCUAGGCAUUGGUCAUGAAUGAAUCUCGCAUUAUACUAAAUAAAUCCUAGAUUGAAAUAAAUUUGAUUAAUUUUCGAAGUUUUUGAAUAAUUGUAAGAACUGAUGCGAAAUUAUCUUUGAUUCUUUGUUCUAAUGCACAACUGGCAUUAACUUUUUUAUUCUAGUUCAAAUACUAUUUUAUCGACUGAAUUGAUUUUACUGUAAUUGAAACGAAUUAAGUUGGAAAAAAUAUUCGAGACACUUUUGAAUGUGUUUUUAACAAUUUUAAUGUACUUAUUGAAAACUGGAAAUCUCGUGGUACAGUUUUUGGUUACUAAAGUCUAGUGAAAACAGCUUAAGUUACUCUUAGAAAGGGUUAAAAAUUGAAUUGAAAUUAUUUCAAUGUUCUGUAAUUGAUAUUUUUUCAAUGCAAUACUACUUGUAAUCAUGUCAGAUUAUACUUGAAUAAAUUUAUUUUCAAACUUG